UAUCUCUUCCUCUUCUGACUGACUUCUCCUUCCUUUUCCUCCUUCCUCAUCUCCCUCCUAUCUACCUUCUCCCAUAUCAUCAACGAAACCCCAUCGAGAAACCCAACCACCAAAAUGUCCUUCUCCGACCUCAUCCAAAACACCAUCAACAAGCACACCGGCGGCGGCGACAACAACUCCUCCUCCUCCCCCUCCUACGGCAACGAAGGCCCCUACUCCGCCGGCGGCAGCAGCCACUACAACACGCCCAACGCGGCAAACCCGAACCCUCACUACGGCGGAUCCGGCGGCUACGGCUCCGACGACGACUUCAACCCCGCAGUCUCGCACGCGCAGGCCGAGCACGGCGAAGACAGCUCGCUCUUCAACACCGCCCUGUCGUUCAUCAAGGACCGGAAGAGCCAGUACGCGCAGAAGGAUAACUACGACAUCGACGAGUCGCAUAUGGUGCAGUCGCAUCAGGCGUUGUACGGCGGCGGCGGCGACGAGCGCGCUCAUGACUCGAACUCCCUGGGUGCGGGGGCCGCCAUGCAGGCGUUGAAGAUGUUCACGUCUGGUGGCGGGUCGAGCUCCGAGAGCAGUGGUGGGGGUAUGGAUAAGAACAAGUUGAUUGGGAUUGCGAUGGCGCAGGCGGGCAAGCUGUGGGAGGAGAAGAACUCGAAUGGUGGUGCUUCCGAGGACAAGCAGUCGGCUGUGAACAAGGCCGCUGAGAUGGCGCUGAAGAUGUACAUGAAGGGCCAGGGCAGUGGAUCUAGCGGCACUGGAGGCCCCGGCGGCUUGAUGAGCUUGGCCAGCAAGUUCCUGAAAUAAGCGCAUCUAGAUUGGACUUGAGAUAGUUCAUUGAUUUAUACAUGUUUGUAUCCUCGCAUGCGGGCCAUGUCUUACAACAGCCAACAGCUCAAGCAUAUCGUAUAGUAUAUCAAACUCUAUUUAUACCAAACAUCUCUACC